ACUAUGGUGGCCCAGGAAGCCACUCCAAGCAGCCAGUCAGAGGACAGCAGGGCUUUGGACCUGCCAUCAGCAUGUGACAUAAGAGAUUAUGUCCUGCAGAGACCCAGCCAAAAGGCCAACAGUGAAGCUUUUAGUUCUAUGGAAUCGCUUUCUUUUCCUUGCUCUUCUGAUGUGGAUCCAGAUUUUGAUUCUCUGGUUGAGCCCAGUCCUUCUUUGAUAUACACAAUUUGCUUGAGUAUUGGAUAUUAA